AUGCCCGCGCGCACUCGUCAAGGCCCCUCUGUCGCCUCGGAGGCCGUGGACCCGGAAGACACCUCUGCUGGUCUUCGCCGCCUCAAAUUCAAUGAGCCGCUGUCCUGGCGCGUCGGCCGGGCCGCCAUUCCCAUUGCGGAUCUGCUUCAACGGCUGCAGACGCUGGCGCAGGAGCUUCGCAGACUUGAGCAGGAGGAGAUCGACAAGGAAUCUUUGAGGAAGGUUUCGCAGGAGCUUGCGACGGCCCAUCUCCUCGCGCACAAGGAUAGGGGAGUGAGGGCGUGGACGGCCUGCUGUAUCGUCGAUGUCUUGCGUCUCUGUGCGCCUGACGCGCCCUUCACGGGCAAUCAACUGAAGGACAUCUUCAACUGUAUAGUAUCCUCCAUCGUCCCCGCACUAGGGGACCCGUCCAACCCCUACAAUGCUCAGCAUAUCUACGUCUUGAACUCUCUUGCAGAGGUGAAGAGUGUUGUGCUCAUGACAGAUCUAGACCACCCCGAUUCGUUGAUUAUUCCAUUGUUCACGAGCUGCUUUGACAUCGUUUCGGGGUCCUCUAAGACUUCCACGGGAGAGGAAGUCGCCAAGAAUGUCGAGUUCGACAUGACACGCUUGCUAGUGACGGUCAUCGAUGAGACGCCGGUUCUCGCCGCUGAUGUGGUCGAUGUCAUCGUGGCGCAAUUCCUGCGCAUCGACCCCCGUGCCUCGGAGGCCCCUACUAAGAGAGGGAAGAGAGGGGAUGCGCCGGUCGAUGCCAAGCAGGGAACGCUUCUCCUGAAGGACUAUCCUCCUGCCUACAACAUGGCCAAGGCUAUCUGUCAAGCAUGCCCGGAGAGAAUGACGAGCCAUAUCAGCCAGUACUUCAACAAUGUCAUCAUCGAUGCGUCCGCGGAUGGUGCAAAUGGUUCCUCGAAAGGUGGCCAUCGCAAGCCGAACCUGGACGACUCGGACGAGGAAGGGGAAGACAUUAAAGAAUUAAGCAAAGCGCAUCGCCUGAUUCGAGAGCUGUGGAGAGCAUGUCCGGAGGUAUUGCAGAACGUGGUUCCCCAAUUGGAGGCCGAAUUAUCGGCAGAAUCUCUGUCCUUGCGCCUACUGGCUACUCAGACAAUAGGUGAUCUUACUGCUGGAAUCGGGGUUGCUGGACCACCCCCGCCUCCACCGAUGGAUCCUGGCGCCUAUCCCCCAGUGACCCUGGAAGAGUAUGCCCAGACAAUUCCUCAGCCUAGUGUUCUUCUCACGCCAUUUUCUCCAAAGCCCUUCUCGCAGACACACAGUUCCACCUAUGAAAGCUUUCUGAGUCGCCGGCUGGAUAGAUCCGCCUCAGUGAGGGCUGCAUGGGUUACUGUGGUGGGCCGGAUUCUGCUGACGUCUGCGGGUGGCUCUGGAUUGAGCGACAGCGAGGAGCAGAUGCUAAUAAAAAACGUCGCUUCUAUGCUUCGUGAUGCGGACGAGAAGGUCCGGGUCGCCGCCGUCGAUGUCAUCAGCAAUUUUGGCCUGACUCAGGUCGUGAACAAGCUCGGUGCCACGGGGGGCUUUUCCACCCCCGAUUCCGUACUCUUCGUCCUUGCGGAACGGGUGAAGGAUCGGAAGCCACAGGUCCGGGAGCAUGCAAUGAAGACUCUAGCCCGAAUCUGGGCAGUUGCAGCGGGUGAAAUUGAGCAGGCGAAUGAUCAGGUCGCUACUAUGCUUAAGGAUGGUCCCUCCAAGAUAUUUGAUGCUUUCUAUACAAAUGAUCCCGAUAUCCACGUCUCGAUCGAUCGCGUUCUCUUUGAGAUUCUACUCCCGCUCAACUAUCCUCCAGUCAAGGGCAAGCUGUCGCGGAGUAGCUCCAGUCAAUCUCAGAAGCAGAAAGACUCUCAGGUCUCGGAAGGUGAUUCUGAGAUUGAUGUUGACAGAAUCCGAGUCCGUCGCAUACUUACCCUUCUCAGGGGUCUUGAUGAGAAAGCGAAAAAGGUGUUCUUCGCAAUGCAGGCCCGUCAGAUUUCAAUGAGGACGGCGCUGACGAUCUAUCUACAAGCCUGUGAGGACUACAAUGGCGGCGUGAUGGAGAAAGAUCAAGAGCGAAUUAAAGCUCAGUUGAGCAAAGUGAUUGAUACCUUGGCCAAAACUCUCCCUGACGCAUCACGGACAUCAGCAGAUCUGUGGAAAUUCGCAAAAGUACACGACCGGCGGGGCUACCAGCUAAUCCGUUUCUCGAUGGCUGCGGUCAGUGAUUAUCGGACCGUUAUCAAAGCCAUCAAAGAGCUGGCGAGGAGAUUACAAAGCUCCAACAAUACGCCUCUGCUCGAGACUCUCACGCCUCUCCUGUACCGCUGCAGUUCCCUCGUUUUCAACAGAAGUCACAUUCCAGCGAUCAUGAGUCUUUCAAGGACAGAUGAGAAUGGGUUGGCAAACCCUGCACAAGAGAUGCUGCGGGAGAUCUCCUCCCGUAACCCGGAGGUGCUGGAAGCACAGGUCCAGGAAAUGUGCAAGGAUCUUGAAUCGCAGACACCCAACUCCUCGACGAAAGAUGGAGCUGGGACUGAAGAGAUUCUCAAAGCGUGCUCUGGCUUCGCAAAGAAACUCCCGUCCAAGCUCCCUAAGGACCGGAAAUUCCUACAGGCCUUGGUCAAGUACGCGCUUUACAGUCCGUCACCCAGGGCGGCGAAACAUGCGGUCUCUAUCCUGAUGGCUGUUGCCGAUAAAAGGGAGAUGUACGCAAAAGACCUGAUAGAGAAGUGUGUCACGGGUUGGAAGUACGGAUCGGUUCGGUUCCUGACCAAGUUGGCUGCAUUGUCGCAACUGAACCUUCUGGCUCCGCGAGAGGCUGAUGAGGAGAGCGACGCGAUCAUCUCCAUUUCGGUCAAUCAAAUUCUGUUGACUAACCGCUCUCCCCAGCCAGACGCUGGAUAUUCGUGGUCUGAUGCGGUGGACGAUGAAACUGCAGCCAAGGAAUGGGCUCUGAAGAUCAUCGUCAAUCGCCUACGUGCUAAAGAUGGCUCGGACGACGAGGACGACUUCCGUGCUCAUGCUGAACCGGUGUAUGAUACUUUGAACAAGCUCAUCGUGAACGACGGCGAGCUGUCGAAGAAAAAGGACACUCCUGCAGUUCAGAAGUCCCGGCUACGAGUUUUGGCAGCCAGGUCGCUACUCAAGCUCUGCGCAUCUCAUGGUCUUUGCGACCAGUUACUUACCCCGCAGGAUUUCAACUCAAUUGCCUUGGUAGCCCAGGACCCAGUUCUGGAGGUGAGAGGCGGCUUCAUCGACCAGCUCAAAAAGAAGCUGGUGCAGAAAACAUACCUGAGCUACCGCUGGUAUACGGUUCCGUUCCUGCUUGCCUUCGAACCCAUUAGCAGCCUGAGGGAUAGUACGCUUACAUGGCUGCGCUCUCGGGCGGCAUUCUUCUCCCAGCAGACCAAUGGCAAAAGAAGCGACCAAACGGUCAUGGAGUCUCUAUUCUCACGUCUACUGUCUCUUCUUGCCUACCAUCCCGACUAUCCGCCAGCUGAUGUGGACGAGUCAACUCGGAUAGGCGAACUAGCCGACUUUUCGCGCUACAUUCUCUUCUAUUUGCAAGGGGUCGCUAAUGAACACAACCUGUCGUUGAUCUUCCACAUCGCUCAGCGUGUUAAGCAAACGCGAGACGGUAUCACGAAGUCCGACGAAAUCAGCACCCGUCUCCAUACGCUUUCGGACUUGGCUCAGGCAACGAUCCGUCGGUUCGCGGAUAUCUACUCCCAGCAACGUAAGUUUGGCGGCGCAGCUGGUAGCACCAACAUUCUGCAGACUUACCCUGGCAAGAUGGGAGUGCCAAGCUCGAUCUUCGCUCCCAUGAGUAGCCACCGCGAGGCCCAGGAAGUUGCAGACAAGAACUUCUUCCCGGAAGAAGGCGAAGACCUGCUGGAUCGCAUCGUGCGAUCCGUCAUGAGGGCGAAGGGCGGGUCCCAGAGCGCCGCAAAGAAGAGAAAGCCCGAACCUGCCGAAACCGGUGGCGACGCAGGCACUAUGAAAAAGGCGAGAAAAGACAAGGAGAAGCCCACUCGGACGCGCAAGUCGUCCGCAUCUGCGGGAACCUCCAGGACGCCCAAGAAGAAGAAGACGAAGGACGAAGAUGGAUGGUCCUCGGACGAAGGGGCUACCAAGGGAGCCACCAAGGGAUCCACGGCUGCAGCACGGAGACGCAGUAGCAGAGGUACUUCCCGAAGGGUUAGCUACGCAGACCGGGAUAGCGAUGAGGAUGAUAUGGAAAUGGACGACUGGGAGGAGCAGGACGACGACAACAAGGAAGACGAGCAGGAAGAAGAAAAGAGUGAAGCCGAGAGCGAUUUCGAAAAGGACAACGACAGCGUCGACCUUCCGGACAAAGAAGCACUCGACGAGAUUCUAAGUGACAGGGAAGACUCACCACUGUCAUCUCCGCCGCCCACGUCUCCUCAAAAAGCCACGGAUCACGCGCCAGAGUCAAAGGGCAAACAAACCACCACAAAUCUACCAAACCGACGGUCCUCUCGAAGAGGAUAG